AGAAAAUUAAGAAAGACAAUGGAAGAAUCAUUAGAUUUUUUAAGAAAAUUGCACAAGACCUGUCGAAUUUGUUUCGAAGAAUCAGAUAAUUUGUCAGCAAUUUUUGAAAAUGAUAAAGAGACUCCGAAAUAUCCAGGCUUGGUAAAAAAAAUACGCGAAUGUUGUGACGUUGAGUUAAGUGAAGACAUAAGUGAAAUAGGUAUUCCAUCUUUGAUUUGCGAUAACUGUAUUGAAAAUGCAAAGAUAUCUUAUAAAUUUCGUCUGCAAUGUCGACAUUCAGAGUCAACACUACAGCUGUAUCAUGAGGAAUUAAUUCAAAGUAACCUUGAGAGUUUACAAGAACAAGAAUUUUCUGAGAUAAGUGACGUACUGAGUCACUUAUCAACUCAAGAUUUAUCAACUUCAAUUGAAACUGAUGUCGAAUAUGAAAAUGAAGAUGUUGAAUCUGAUGAUGAUGGUAAUGAUGAUCAAGCGAAAAAAGUUACAGAGCUGAGUAAUGGAGAGACAGAAAAUGAUGAUUUAGUUGUUGAGAAAUUAUUAGAAAAAUUGAUACAACCUACCGCUUAAAUUUUGAAUAUUUUUUCAUAUAUCAUUAGUUUUUUUUUACUGUUUAAAAACUGACAGUAGUA